GUGAAUAAGUACACAUGUCGUAUAUAAAAACCUGUUCUCUCGUUGUUGAUCUCAUAGAAAGUUACUUCAGGAAUAGUGCAGUUUUCUUUGGAUUUAAAAUCUUAACUUAUGCACAGAAAAGGAAUGGUAUUGCAGAUCGGCAACCAUUAACUGGUAGACUUAAAAAUUAAGAAUUUCAACGUUCGCGGGUGUUUAAAGGUCCGCCUUCUAACUAUUACGUAGUUAUUAAUUUUGAUCUGUUCUGCACAAUUUAAUACCAUUUUGGUUAUGAUAAAAGCAUUUGUUUAACUAAAAAAGUAUUCAUUAUACUGUGUAAUGUAUUUGAGAUGGAGUUAUUACCCGUUUUAUACAUGGUUGUGGCUUUCCUGCUGAAUGUUAACAAUGGAGUAUGUCAAAAGAAUAAAGUUGACGUCAAGGUCAGCGGGGAAAAAGGCAAAGUUAAAGGAUCAGUUGGCUUUACAAGAGAUCUAGGAGGCGGUUGGAGCGUGAAUGCUGGAGGGUGGGCUGACAAUAAGGGCGGGUCAGGAGGAAGCGUUGGAGUCUCGUUUAAGUUUAAGCGGAGUGCUCAAAAGAUCGGGCCAUUGUUAACAGUCACUUUGAAAGCCGACCAAUGCGACUUCAAGUUUUAUGACACGAACGGAGAUGGCGUUAUUCUGCCCGACGAAAUGAUUGCAAUAUUUGAUAACACUUAUAGCACCAGGAUCUUAUUCCAGAAUUUGGAUAUUAUAAAUGAAAAUGGCAAGAUUGAACAACUCGAGUUUGAACGAGUUUCACCGACGGUUAUUGAUGGAUGUGCUGUAAAGCAGUAACGGGAAUCGCCCUUUUAUCAUUGUUUAUUUGUAGUUAAUGUAAAUAAACGUAGAAAACAUG